AUGUCUUUAGGAUCAGAGAGAAGGGUGUUAUUUGAUAUAAAUGAGGAUGGCAGUGAGGUUUUUGUUCUAAGUUUAUUAAUUACUUCGUUUAUUAGCUUCCAAGUUGUUUUGUGAUCGUUUUUUGCAGUUUCAAAUUUAUUCUCAUAAUAUGUUUUCUUAGCAAUCUUAAUCAAAUUUGACAGGACUUUGUGAAAUAAUGAACUUUUUAUAGAGUUUAUUCUUUUCCUAACACAGGUUAAUAGCCCUCUUGUCAUCCAAGGUGUUAAUGGUUUGUUCGAGUUUUUUGCUCUGACUGAUUUAGAAGGAAAGCUAAGAUCAUAUAAUCUAGAAAAUUCAUACUGAAAAGCAUCGAAAGCACUGUCAGCGUCUUGAUUAGGGAGAUUUUCCCAAUUGACAUUAGUAAGAUGUGAACGAAAUUUGGUAAUAUUGCUAUCGCUAAAGUCCCUAAAUAUGGUCUUUUCAGCACUUUUGCGAGGGGGAAGAGUUUCUGUAAAGACAUAAACAAAGACGGGUAAAUGAUCUGACAGGUCAUUAAUAAUAAUUCCACUGAAUAAAUUUUGUGUCAAAUGGUUGGUAAAAAUAUUGUCAAUAAGCGUUGCCGAAUGUGCUGUGAUGCGCGUCGGCAGACUUAUUAAAGGCAAGUACAUAUGGGAAAACAGAUUUUCGACAAAUUCAUUAGUUUCGAAAUGCGCAUUUAAGCAGUACAUAUCUAUGUUAUAAUAUCCCAUUAUGUAACAGUGCUUGUUGUUUUUUGAAAUGGUAGAAAGAAUUUCAUUAAACUUAUCCAAAAAUAAAGAUAAAUUUUGGUUUGGUGAUCGAUAAACUGCACCAACUACAAAGUUCUUGCUAUUUGGUACGAAUAUUUCAACAAACAACGACUCAAUCAUAUUUGGAUCUGAAAAGUUACACUCCGAGCAUAUUCGGUAUUCAAGAUCAUUCCGCAAGUACAAACCCACCCCACCGCCGGACCUCGCAGUUCUAUGACAGGACAAAAAGUUAUAUCCAGGGAGAUUAACUCUGUCUGAUGUAGUAUCAUUCAACCAGGUUUCAGAAAUACCUAUUGCAGUGAAAGAUUGGCGACUAUUUGAUUGGCGAAUAUUGGCUUAUUAUAAAAAUAAAUGGGACAAAUUCUGUAAAUUUUGUGGGAAAUUCUGUCAAUUUUGUGAUGUCUGGAAAAUUUGUAUGAUGUUCCGAAAAAAUUUGGUAUGUCCGAAAAAUUUUUGGAUCCCUAAAAUGGUACACUGCCCGAAAUUUUUUUGGCGACGGGGGGGAGGUCGCCAAAAUUAAUUUGUUCCUGAAAAACUUUUUCGGCACUGGUCGAGCACAAUCCAAAAAACCGUCCAUGACAUAAACAAAAUGGAGGACAACUUUGCACUUCGCUAUGUUUUCACAUACCCGGGUAUAAUUAGCCGUGCGGAAUUAGUACCCUCGAACGGCGCUUCGCGCUGCCGGAUUGGGGAAUAUAUUAUAAACAAUACUGAAUUUGUAAUUUCUCUUCAUUUUUGUUAUUUAAUUUUUUAUAAUAGUUUGGUAUUUAAAGUAUUAUAAGUAAAUUUAAUGAUAAAAUAAAGUCUUUCUUUGUGUCCUUCUAAAUUUUACUUCUAAAUGUUUACUUCUCAAUGUUUUAAGUUCCUGCUUGCAACCGUUCUGGUCGUUUGCUCAUUCGACCACUUCUUGUUAUAUGUAUACUCUUGACUACUCUGCUUUUACAUCUCGCUCUGCACUGCUGUAUCAUGCAUGGUUGUCUCAGUGCUCAUCGUGGCUACCGAAGAAACCAUUCCAUCUUCAAUCAAAAGCAAUUUCUUCAAUGGAUCGCUUUGUUUUUUGAUAUGAACUCGAUUUCUUCUAAACUCCUGUCCAUUUGGAGUUCUAAGGUUGUACGAUCUCGGAAUUUACAAUUUCGAAUCACGCACUUGUAAUCGGAUUCUUUCUCCUUCUUUCAAUGGUGGUAAAGCUUGUGAUCCAAUAUCAUAAUACCUCUUCUGAUACUCUUGCUUCUUUCUUCUUUCAAAGCCGAAACGCCAGGCCUAUAGUAUAGGCUAUAUCAACGUUUUGUUUCAAUGAUUUUCUGCUACCAUAUUUAUGAAAAAAGCAUGUACAUUUUUACGGAAACUACAUGUCUUUCCAUGUAUUUGUUGCCAUGCAGUGUUCUCGAGUUUUCGCAUUCGUGUUAAUCUUUCAACUUUUCAAUUUUUUGUCUGUCUCGCUUACAAGAAUACAAUAAUGAAUAACCGCACUAAUUUCAACUAAUUAGUUCGCGUGCAACACUGAAAUUUUAAUGAUAGUGUUUCUUCGCAAUGUACAAGUAAGUAUAUAUUUUCGUAAGGUGGACACCUCCUUGUAGGGAGAUUUGUGUAAGUGAAACAGCGCAUAUGAGCAUGUGACACAUAAACCCUGGUUUCCAUUUUGUCAUAAUUGUUGUGACCAAGUGACAAGUCAUGUUCGCAGGGACGUAGCGAAGCAUCUGAAGUUGGGGGGGUGGGCAGGUGUCGGAGGAUUUUAUGCGCAAUUUGAAAUCAAUGCUAAAAAUUUACCUGAUGUGUAAAAAUUAUAAUAGAGCUUUUUUUAUUAAUUUGCACUGUCAUGUAAGCAUGUGCGAAGAAAUGUGUGUAUGUGUGGGGGCCCCAGAAAAUGUUUACUUUUUUUAAGCUCCAGGACUGCAUUUCUGGCGUUUUCUAAAGCAAAUUCGCAAACGAAUUGGAUCUAAAUUGACCGUAUUGUACAAAAAUGGUUAUUAUUUCACAAAAAUAACGACUUUAUUACGAAAUGGUUAGCGCACUUGCCUUUCACCUCUAAGGUCGCAGGUUCAAAUCUCAAUGAGAAUUUCUCAAAUGUGACUCGAACCCAGUCCCCAUAUGAAAAGAGUAAAAGUCAACGCUCUGCCGAAAGUCGUGGGUUUUCUCCGGGUACUCUUCCACAGGGAAAGUUGACAGGGUCGGUUAGUCACAUAGGUUGGGGGGCAGAUCAUUAAUGAGGUAUGGACUAAUAGCGGCUGCUUAAAGCGCCAUUUGUAAGCUCACAGUUUACCUCGCUCUGCUUCACGCCAGUUCCGGCUGUAAUUGUAAUGCGCACUUGAUCACAUACAUAUGUAAAAUCGCGCAAUAGAAAUAUUAAACUUAAAGUUUAUGUAAAUCACUAUGAUUCUGUAUCAGAUAUAAAAACUCCUUCACGCUAAUGAUCUCUAUUUUUUUCUUCGUGAAUUAUUAAUGAGUUUUGUGACGCAAAGUCAGUCACGUCAUGAACAUUCUUAAUUAAGACAUUACGUCACUAUGCUGAGUCAUGUUUUUGCUAUAUUCAUCGUUUACGUAGUAUCUAAAAAUAGUAUAUAUGUAAUGUUCCAUUAAUAUCUUGCGAAUAGUAUAUAAGCAUCGAAAGAUUAAGCUAGAAGAUUAAGAAAAGGAUUAGAGAAAGGAGAGAAAAGUUUAGAAAUUGUAAUUUGUAGUGUUGUUGUUCAAGAACAAUAAAUUGACAUUGUUGGAUUUAUUGUCGUCGCAAAGUUCAUAAGACUUAGAAGAAGGAUAUUCCAAAUACGAGAAAGCCUCCUUGGCCAGCGCGUCUCGCUGUGUCUGGUCAAGGAGGGCAACGAGGGUAAAGAUGAUGAAGAUGCAGACAUACAUGCUUGUUCGUUCUCGCCCGCGAACGUAACAGUUUUACACUGUAUUAUACAUUUUCGUUACGUACUCGCUCACCAUCAAUACUUUUACGUCUUUUCUUUAUUUAGGACUGCCAGACACGUUUAUUUCCAUGACAUUUACACUGAAGGAUAGAGAAUUUACGAAUUCACUGCACGAUCCAAACUCUGAAGAUUAUCAGACGCUUUCUAGAGAAGUAAAAAAUAAUGUAAGUUUCACAAUUGUGAUGAACUUGAAAGUGGAUAGCUCUAUCAGUUCUCCCCAGGUGGUCCAAUUAGCCAUUUCCCAAAGUCCUGGGUCUAAUUACGCAAAUCCCAUGUUGAAGGGACAAGAAAUAUGGCAGCACAUAUUUAAAUUAAUGUGAUAAAAAAGGAGAUAUCUGAUUUUUGGUCGUCUAAAAAGUUGAUAUUUAAUUGGUAGUAUAGAUACUUCUACUCUUUCACAUAUUUGACGCCUGUCUCCAUGCAUUUUGUCCCUCAAACGAUCCAAGAAUGAACUGUGAUCUCUUUUGGGAAAAGGCUAGUAUGUGCCAUUCCCUUGUUGGUUAAGAUGUUUCUUCAAACGAAGACCUGUGCCAUCGUUAAUUCAUUGUUUCUGAAAGAGGAAGCCAGUUCUGGUUUUCUGGAGAGUUUCGCACCCUUGAAUUCCUCCAUUUAGAGAGGAGCAUACUUUAGAAAUCGAACGCGAUUAAAUCUUCAGAGAGUUAAACGAUGUUGUCAUAUACAUUUUUCUUAAGUCCAUAUCACUUUAUUUUUAGUUUGAUGAGGAAUUUGCUAAUGUUCCCGAAUAUCGUGGUGUCAAUAUUAUUAGAUUGAGGUUAGUUCAUAGUUGCAUAUAUUUACUUUCAUGUGUUGAUAUGGUAAUUUUUAAACAGUUAGGUAAGUUUCCAGUUCUAACUAAUUUCUAACCAAAAUAUUGUACCCCCCAUUCUGAAAAGAUCUGGAAGUGUGAUUUGCGGUGCAGAAGUGGUUUUGGUUCUAAAUUCUCAUGACGAAAUUACUAAAGUUUUGGAGAGAGUUAAUGCAACUGGCGUCCUUGGUAACAUUUUUGUCGUGUCUGAUUCAUUGACUACUGCUGAUAUACCAGGUAAUUUGAGAAUAUUGGAUAACCUAGGGUAUGGUUCGUAUACAGCUACCAAUGAAGGACUUACCUGCACAUCGGAAUGGGUGGAUUUUGUAAGCGUUAUGGGACAUGGUGAUCAACCUCAUACCUGUUGACGUAAAAGAAAACUAAUUAUAUACCCCAUCACUCAUUUUCCAAUUUCCAUUCAUCUGCUACACGCGAUAGUGCUUAGUAAAAGCCACCUACUUUCCCAUCUUCUGUUUACGUUCAGAAUUUACAGAUAUUGAAAUGGACGUAGAGUACAAUGGAUAUGCCGGAGACUUGUUGAAGAUAACAUGUAAUAUUACUGGACCAUCUCUUCCGAGCUUUGAGUGGAGAAAAAAUAACAUGAUUUUGUCCUUAUCAACAAGAGUAAAGAUUGAAGACAACGAUCAA